GCGGCAGUCAGCCUUGGCCCUCCCCCUCCGCGUUCGCAGUGCUUGGCUCAGUCGACUCCCUCCACAACUUCUUCAUCAUCAAAUUCAAUACAUAAAUAUUUACAACUGCCAUCCUCCCUCCAGCUUCCUCUUCAACCCAGACAGACCAGCCAGGACCCUCAACCAACGACACAGCACUCAAGCCUCCAACCAGCAAAAGACCAAUCCUCAGAUCGCAGAACUCGACCAAGAAAGUCACCCUCGAUUCUUCAGACCCACUCCAAAUCAUCAGCUCGAGCUCGACAGGAAAGACUUGGGCCGGAAGCUGAUCAGCAAAGACUAACCGACUAAAAACCCACUUCCACCAUCUCAAUCCCUACUCUGUCUCCGCUCCCAGUAGAUGCCCACCAAGGAAACUAGUAUUGGAGAAGCCUCUCGUUCGAUCCCCCCCGUCAGUCGGUCCGCCCAACCCCUCCACAAUCCGUCGGGAUUCACAUCGACAAGGACUCGAUCCGUUGGUAACUAUCAUCAGCCUCCGUCUCAUCAACUCAAUAGCCCUCACCAUCCCCCACUCAGUCCAUCUCAUCCCAAUCUACUCUCCUCCGCUGCCCAAGUGCGUUCUAACCUGACCAACACUUACUCUAAUCCGUCCGCUCGUCAUCCACCCUAUGGCGAUCAUUAUCAACUCCUACCACAACCCCCACCACCUCCAAAUCAUUACCGACAUCAAAAACCAAGCCCGACAUCAUCCACCCUGCCCCAUCCAUCCGAUACUCCUUCCAAACAGACUCACCACCUUCAGAACCUCUCAUCGCAGCACUGCUUGCCCCCCGAAGAACCUCGCAAGAUUGCUGGCUUCAAACGUAAAUCUUCGGCCUCCCCAUCUCCUGAACUGCAUCCAGAGAACAACAAUCACCUCCACCAGUCUAACGACGCUCCUAACCGACGGACUUCUUCGGCCUGGGGUCUUUCAUCAUCACCACACUCGACUGGUAACCAUCACUUGAUUCAUUCUCAAGAUUAUCACCAGUCGAGUUACUAUCCAACUCAGCCGCAGAACUUCAAAGCGCUCCCCUCCGAAGCAUGUGAAUCAGUACCAUCUAGUCUGGCCGGUCUACUGUCUACUACCCAUCAUCCAGGUGCUCCCCGCCCUCCAACCGAGCCUCACCAGAUUGAUGUACCUGAUCCUACGCCAGUUGAAUCAUCAAUGUCAAGGAGGGAUCCUAACCGAAGUAGAGGACGAGCUACGAUCAACAAACCUUCUACCUCACAAAUCAACCCCCAGAUCCACCACCCUUCAACACCCCUCUCAUCCGCUUCCCAGCGUCCACUGAGUGCUGAGCAACAGUGGUCAUCCCACCAUCGAUCUUCUGUUGGCUCUUCGCCUCAGAUACCCCGCACCGCGAUGUUAUCGACACUCGAUCCUGUUGAAGGAUCGACUCGGCUAGCCUACAGCAAGCCAUCCACACCACUCAACACCAAUCAGACCCUACCCGAGCGUACCUCCACAGCCUAUGGCCAUCCCUACAGGCCUGAAAAUCAUCAUAACGCCGGAUCAAAUGACUCACAACAGCCUCGUUCGCCUGCUGUCUACUAUCACUCUUACUCUACUCACCGCCAGCCCCUUCAUCAUCAACAUCAUCAAGUCGUAUACCCUUCCCCUGUCUCUCAUGACCACCGACCCGAGCUUUCUCUCCGGACCAACUUUUCACAACCGGCAAUCCGACAUUCAAGCUUGUCUACUCCCGACGGUCAUUCCCAUUCGGCCCUAUCUCCGUCUCGUGCAGAUCCCGACCCCAAGCCCUCAUAUCGCCUCUCCCAUCAUCAGAGUCCUUCUUAUGAACAUCAAUUCCUACAUCCUUCCCAAAAUCGACCUCACCAUCCUGACACAUCUCGUCCCUCUCCUUCAAUAUCCAACAACUCCUUGCCCUAUCAAACCUCCCGCCCCUCCACCUCUUCCAGUCACACCAACCAACACAUGUCGGUGGGUGUGGUGUCUCAACAGAGCAGGCCUUCGCAUAAUGUUGACUCGCCAACCGCUUCGCCUGAUCGGCCGCGCCUCUAUCAGCCAGAGCCUCGAAGAGUGGCUCCAUCUUCUCCCGAUUUACAACUGCAAAUCUCACCUCGCCAUCAAAAUGCUGAUCUAUAUCCCUCCCAAGCCCCAACUGAACGGCUCAGUCAGCAACCCUUCCGCUCUUCCCACCCACAGCCCCCUUCAUCUGCCCAUGCAUCUCCAGAUGCCCAUUUCAACUCGCCCCGCCAAUUCGAUCAUAACUUUGAACAGCUUCACUCGUCCGCACAAGGGCCACCUCGUCAUCGUAGCUCGCGGUCAACGGAUCUAUCCAAUCAUGCCCAGCCCUUCCGUCAGCCACGUCCCCAGCCUGUAUACAUGCACGAGCUCUCCCCUAAGUUUCAUCAUCCUCCUGGACAUUCUUCACAAGCAGAAUCCAGCUUUCACCGGAAUCAACAUGCCGCCACAGAACGUCCACAGCAACCCUCAUCUCAUGAACCUGAAGGAUCGCCUCGUGCGAGACUUCCAUCGGACCGAUCGGUUGGUGAACAACCCCGUUUUGGCCUGCCGCUGCCCGAAAAUAUCACCGUUCAGCACGCAACCUAUCUCCGUCGAGAGCCAUUGGCUAGUCCUACCGCUAUGCCCCCACACCCUCCUUAUCCCAGUCCAUUACAGAGACAGCCCGUGUCAGCGCAUUACGAGCACCAGCACCGUCAGAAUACAGGUCAACAUCGUCAAGUAACACAGAUGAAACCACCCUCGACCAAGAUUCUGAAUUCUACCGUUAUUGGGGCUGACCAAUUCCCUGAUGUUCGCCCCACCGUUGGAUCUUCUCAUGGUGCGCUGUCUGUUCAUCAGGUGGGUCGGUCUCAAGCUCGCAGUAAUGGACUCCCAACACCGCACGAAUAUCCCUUCGAUAUUUCUCAGGGGCUGCAUACUCAACACAAGAAUAACGGCAUGGCCAGCAGCCAUCCCAGGCGGAACUCCAGGCCCGGCAAAGUGGCGAAAGCGGACGAGCGCUCCAAUACAUCAAAUUUGCAAAUAAGGACUCAAGCUGUUGCGCACACCGCCGAGAUGCUCCCCAAUUACGCCGACGCCUCAAAUGCAUCCUCAUCGAACAAACCCGGAGGUGGCCGUGAGAAGCUAUCCAAAUCGUCACCGAAGGCUUCUCUGCUCGAACGACCGAAGUCCAAAGGGCUACCGAACGUUCCCCAGCCAAGGACCAUGGCACAAGCAGGAUUUUCAACAGAUUCCAGGAAACCCAAAUUUCCGCCACUUCGCCGCCCUUCUUCCCCAUCCUCCAAGUAUUCUCAUAAUAAAUCUAAGGAUGUAAUCGAAGACGUUUCACCUGAAUCAUCACGGCCGACAGUUGCACCCACAACGACCGCUAGCAUCGCAGAGUGCGACUCGUCGACAGAACCGUCCAGCACUGGAGAUGAGGCAGCUGAUGACAUGGCAGAUGAUGGCGUAAUUAGGUGCAUCUGCUCUGUUACCACAGACGACGGCUUCACCAUCCAGUGUGAAACCUGUGAGGUUUGGCAGCAUGCAGUCUGCGUGAAUGUGCCCAUUGACGAGGUUCCAGAACACUACUUUUGUGAUAGAUGUGAUCCUUCUCCUGAGCGUAGAAAGCAACUGAUCGAAAUGGCCCCUCAGGCCGAGCGAAUACAGCGGCAAAGAAUUAAGAAAGAAGCGGACGCUCGUUCACAGGACCAGCCUACUGAGGAAAACUCGAUUGCACACGGUUCUCCCAGCCCAUCUAACCCACCAGGAGUAGAUGAACAGGAUGAAUCGUUAGCUGAUUCCCCAGCCGCCAGUACUGCGAUGAGCAGGGUAAGUAGUGGCGUUUGUGUCAAUGAAUCUCUACAGGGCGAACCUUCCGGGCAAAGUCCGAACAGCAAUGCCAAAGGGAAGACCAAGGCUGCCUCCUCGGGUCACCUUGAAAAGUUACAAACAGCUGCGUAUCCGGAUAAUGGUCUAGGUCUGUCUGGCUUACAAGACAGCCCCACGUCGUUGUCCGCGCCGCGAGUCGACGAAUCGUCUUUGCCAAGGGAGCCAAUUCCUCGUAAACCUGGACGCAAGCCUAAUAAAUUUUCUCAACCCAAGCCGCACGUAUUCAAGCAACCUCUUGAUCAAGCAAUUUCAGGUUUGACAGGUAACAACAUUCUUGAUUCUGAGAACAACCCGUCGGCUGCGAAUGGUGCCGACACAGAUGACAAAUACGAACCCUGGCGUUAUGAAUACACACCAACCCUGAAAGAUCUGUAUAUGGAUGCCGAUGUCAAAUCACAGGUUCAGCAGCUAAUUAUGCAAUACAUGAGGCUCCGAAGUUCGUGUGAAGAUACCAUUCUGGUUGGUUCAGACGCAGAGCUACCCGCUCAAGAAAUCGAUUCUGCUGAGAAAACCAGGUUGCCGCCUCCGAUCAAACCCCUCUCAACUUCUACAGAACCCUGCAGGUCGCCCAUUCAGGUUCUUGAUCAUCUCACACAAACCAGCGACACGCCUCUCAAGUCUCAACGGCCGGUGCCCCCGGCCUUCACCAGCACACAGUUCCUUCCAGUCACCAUGUCCGAGCUUCCAACACCCUCCAGAUUGAUGAUUAAGCCCAUACCACCAGCUACCAUCAACCUUUUCCCGUCCUUGGCAACCAAUCCAUUUUGUCCCACAUUCUCUAAUUCACUCAACAAUUCAUCAACCUCUUCACUGCCUCGAUUGAUCACUCACGGAGUUUUCAGUGCUCAGCAAAUCCCUCGCGGUAGCUUUAUUGCUUCCUUGACAGGCUCCAUCACCACGAUCAAAAAAUAUACUGAAGACGUGUAUAAUCAAUAUCCUAGUUUAGGUUGCAACAAGCCGUAUGUAAAAUUUUUCAAGUCAACGAAAUUGGACAAUCGUUUUCUUCGGGAUGAAGAUUCAGCACAAAUCGAUGACGGACUAGUGAUUGAUAGCAGACAAUAUGGUAACGAGAUGAGAUUUGUACGAAACGGCUGUCAUCCUAAUGCGUUCAUCAACAUCAUCAUGACACCUCAAGCUCCUUGCUCGCGUGACCCGCAGCCUCCUGAUGGAUCUGCUAUAUCCCGGAGUGGAACACCAUCAAGUCGUACCUGCGCCUUUCCCACGUCUGGCUUGGAUCGCCACCAUCACUCCAAUAACCUUUGGUCCACUGGCGACCGUGAUCAUUCCUUACCGUGGGAAGUAUCAUUUGGAAUCUUUGCUGCAAGUGAUAUAUCUCGUCGCGACGAAAUCAUUUUACCCUGGGAGUGGGAUGAUCAACAUUUAGUCCACCUGUUGCCUCGAUUGCUCAGUCAUUCAAUUACCUUCGAAGCCCAACAACAGCGGAGUCCUGCCUUGCCUCCUGUUCGCCUUCAGUUUCUGCCCUGGUCAACAAACGAUCUUAAGCUGCUGAGCUGCAAAUUAGCUGCUGUAACAUUAACAUUUUUUGGGUUGAUGUUUUGCGGAUGCGAGCGCAAAAGAAGUUGUGCUGUCAAUCUCAUGUGGAAGGUUGGCUGCUUGAGUGCAGGAGAGCCAAUGUUUCCAACUCAUCAAGAUGGAUCUCUUGACAUUGAAGCUUCCGAACUGACGCCGAUUACUAGCCUGAAGGAGCGACAGGAGACGCGGCUUCCUUUAACGUUUGAGGAAAGGCUUAGACUUGUUUUGUAUUCGUUCUUAGAACAGCCUAACCCUGUCCCAUUGAAGAUCAGCCGCCAUCCCAAUUCCGCAGCCAACCCACCGACUAUUAGUCGGCCAAAGAAGCAGAAGGUUGACUUGGGUCCUUUGCUUGGAUUGAGGCGAGACUGGUGGCUCUAUCCACCAGUCAAACCCGAGCAGGCUGAUACAUCCCAGUUGGAUAAAACGAUAACGAAGAAACAAAAACGGCCAAGGAGUCGAAGCGUCGCCAACCGCAAGCCUUCAGUACACAAGAUUCGGCGGGUGAGUGAUGUUGGUGAACUACGGCAGCCAGGCUUAACUAUGACAAAUUCACUCCCCGAAAACAAGGUGUCUUUGCCUGCGGUCGAAACUAGCCAAGCUUCAAAUCUCCAUCCAACGAGUUUAGCUCAAGCCGAGCUUCCUGUGACAGAUCCCGACAGUCAAACCAGCCUCCAAGCUCAAUCCGCUCAACCAAGCCACCACAACAUUCCUCUAUCAUCGCCACCUGCAUCGCAGGACCCAUCUCAUGUUAAUCUUCAGUCAUCCACCGCUUUACCAGUGACCGCACACGAUACAUCACAGUGCAAUUUGACUCGCCAACAAGAGGAUCGUGACACAAGGCCGGAGGAUUGUGUAAGCGAAGGCAUGGACGCAUCAUCACGAGUGGUAUCUCAACUCAAUCAGGUUUUUCAAUCGGAACUGUCGACAGUAGGGGACGAAGACCUGCCCGGUCAAAGUGUUCAAGCUUGCGAAGCUCAGUCAGAUGUUCAAACAGCUUUCGAAGCCAAGCCCUCAAUGGAAGUGGCGACAGACAGUCAAUUAGCGGCAUCACAAGAAAAACACACGUUGCAGGGAACUGCUGACCUUCCAGAACGAUCCUCACCGCACGUCGAAGCCGAUGGACCACCUUGUCCACCUGCAGAUGUAUUGUUUGAACAAACAAAACCCUCGAGUCCUCCUGAGGAAGGGGAAGUUCAAGAGGAAGAAGGUUACUCUCAAGAAACGGCUGAACAGCUGCCAACGCACAAUUCACCACCUGGCCCUACCCCUGGUUAUCAGUUUCCACAGUCUGUGUCCGAUGCAUCAAAACUGGAGGAAAUCUUUCAAAGGGCACCAGGUGUCGAGCCCGAACCUGGGGACCCUUCAGAAGCCGGCCACAGAGGCCAAGUCAUUGAUGGCAUUGUGAACACUAUGGUACUAGCAAGUGACCCGCCGUCUCAAUUCAGCCCUCAGAAUGAAAUUCGCAACCCAGAGAACCAGAGACACACUCUUGAAUCAUCAAUAACCGAAUUGCCUUCCCCCGGACAAGUCGACGAAGCUAUUGUCACGGAUCAUCAUCUCGUCAAUGUUUCUGGCCCACGAGAUUCACCUGGAUUUGACGCUCAGCAUCACGAGACGGAUGGCUCUGCUGGAGCCCCACCUGAUCGAAGUCACGUUGCCAAGAUCCCAAUUUCUUGCCAGACAUCUCCUUCGGAACUGGCAAUCUCCAUUCUUGCUCAAGAUGUGAGUCAACCACCCGGAUCGGUUCCAGAUCUAACUCCGGAGCCCAUGGUCACGUCCCCAAAAAGUCUCGGCGUGCAAGAGUCACAUGUUUCUAGUGUCACCCAGAACGACAAGCCUGAUUCAGCUACGAAAACGGAUUUUUUUCGGAAAUUGUCGGAGCCGCUGUGUGAUGUAGACACCAGUGAGGUUGGAAGAAUUGAAGGCGAUGAUUGUGAAGCAUCAACGAUCGAAAAUCAGGGCGCAAAUCCGACAGCUGACAUUGUCUCCAACGUUACUGACCAAUUGAUUUCCGCCGAAGAGGGUAAAACUUUAGAUCUGCCAUCCCAAACAGGAAUUAGGCCAUCACCCGAUUCACUGCUUUCUCCACCUCUCAAUCAAGCUGUAGAACAAAUGAGGGCUGAUUCCCCUGCAAGACUUUCCCAGCGAUCUGUGAGUACAGGCUGUGAAUCACAUUUCGACGCUCAAGAUGAAUCUGCUCUCAGUCAACCGUCUGAGGCAUCUGAGGAGCAAUUGCUGGAUUCAGAUGCUUCGACGACCAUCUUGGGCUCAAGUGACGAGGAGAUGCUGUCCUCACAUACCCCCCGCUACCUAAAUAAUCGGAAGCGCAUCAGGAGUAAAAAUAUUCUCAAGCCUCCUCCUCGGGUAGCAAAUGGUAAGAAGCCCGGCUCUAUACAAGCUCAGCGCUCAAGCGGCCUUCCGGCGGGUAGUAUGACACGUUUGAACAAACCCGAGGUCCAGGCAGUCAACAAGCUCAAGCCACUCUCCGUUGGUUACCCAAAAGGUAAUAGUAACAAAACCAGUAGCCUCUCCGAUUUAGAUUCGGAUGACGACACGCGAGACAACUCGACCGAUCCAGUGGCCAAAGAAUCCAGCUCAAAGAUGCGCCUGAUUAUCAGAUCCUCAUCGCCCUCGGAAAAUGAGGUUGAUCAGCUGGAUAAAGUAACGGACAGCAAACAGCGACGACGCUCCAAAGUUUCACCCAUCCCUUCGUUGUCCUCAGCUCCUGAUCCUACUUCAAACUCCUAUGCGCAUGCAGUAGCCAAGAAGAUGGAGCGACCAGGACCAGCCCCUGCCUCAAUCUCAUCCGUGCCCUGUUCUCUAGAGUCCCAUCCGUAUCAAAGAACUAGCAACAACGGCGCUGUCAAGUCAGCUGAACAAAUAAUACCAGACCAUCCCGAUCACGGCGUCCCAAAUGCCCCUCCAAAGCCAGUUGCAGUCAAUUCAACCUUUGGUGUUCCUGAGCGGCCGGAAAACACUUUCUCGGCGGCAGCGCUUCCCCUGGCUAUCAUUGAGAAGCAAGAAUCGGACAGCCCUGAACCAAAUGGUCAGGGAAGCUCUAUCAGCAUCGAUUGUUCAGCUGAUGCACAGCUAUCUGACCUUCUGCCUGACCCCAAUAUACCUGCUCCUGAACUCAAUCCACCAGCUGAUCCUUGCAAGAACACCAGCCUGCGAAGCCCCGUUGAAAAAUCUCAAGCUCAGUUGAAAAAAGCAGCCCCAAAACGGAUCAGUCUGAAAGACUACAGGUCCCGCAAAGUUAGCGAAUCAGUCGUUAUUACGCCCCUCGCUAAUCCUCUGAUCCAUUUCACAACUAAGCGACCAACUCCGACAACGCCAAUUGAAGAAUCUCAAAGGAAGCAACCACCACCUCCACUCGUUCCCGCCUUGCCCCCCUUGCUGCCUCCAUCUUCACAGAGCCAGCCUCUUCUGCCCUUGUCCCCUCGGAAACUUGAAUUGGUAGCAUCAGUUCUCAAAAAAGAAGAAAAAGAUCGUGCUCGAUCAUCAAAAGAUGGAGAAUUGAAGUCUGAGGACAGGAUACCUGAGGUAGCUACCACUUUGCCCAAGUCGCCAUCAUCUGCGACAAGGGCGGCUCCUGAUGAUAAUGCUGAGACCUGUGACGUGCCUGUUAAAGAGGUAGACUUAAAGAAAUCCCCAAACCAAACAGCUGUAGGACUAACUCGAAUAAAUUCAGAAUUGCAACAAGUCAAGAUCAGUUCUCAAGAUGGUGAAGGCCCUGUGGUAGGCGCAUACGAGGACGAUAUCGAUGGUGUAGCAAUUGAGUCGAUGUCAACCCCAUCGGAAGAUGAGCUCGACGAUGAAGGGCGUCAACAGGAGGGGCUUGUUCAUAGAGAGGAACCAGUAUCCAAUCAAGAGCAGCAAGAGAUGCUCGGUCAAGAGAAAGAAGAGGCGCGCAGUGAAAAGAAGCAAUUGCCCGAUCAAGCACAGCAAAAAAAGUGCAAUGAAGUCAUACAGAGGGUGCUAGGGGAAGAAGAGCCUGAGCCACCGAAGGAAGAGCAGAUGCCUGCCACGAAACAGGGGGAGAGGCUACAAGUACAAAAGCUCGGCGUUGAAGAGUCACAUUCUCAGCAAAGAGGGCCUGACCGCUCAAGGACAACCAAUGCUCUCAAAGAAACCAAGCUACCGGUUAUUGACGAAGCAACUCGACAGCCAAUACGAGAUGCAAAGAUAACUUCCCCUGUUUCUAUCGAACACGAUGAUCAGAUGGAGGUCGACGAUGUCCAUAGCUGCCCUGAGAUGAAGACUCUUGCACCAGAUCAACCUUUACCGCCUCGUCCGGCGGAGCACAUUGUUCGUGAUGAUGAGAAGAUAUCAGAUCAUACUCCUGCGAUAAAAGCUGAGCGCGCUGAAUGUCCAACGAGCGUUGGAACGGCUAUUCAGUCAGUGCAACCCGAAGACAAUGGUGAGGAAGAUAUGGACAUUUCGCCCACCGUUGUUCAACAUCCGCCGCCUCCCAAACCUCGUCUCUCAUUGGCAGAUUACCGUCUACGCAAAGUACGAAGGCCGUCUGUACCGGAAGAACCUCGUCCAUCCCAAUCGAUGUCGCCUUCCGUAACAGACGUUGAACUUUCUCGAGUCAAUCGACAAUCAUCGAUUGCAAGUCCCCAGUCACUCCAGCAAAUUCCUCUCCAGAACACUCAGCCAAGCCAGCAGGAAACUGAAAAUCAGCAAAGCAACACAUCAUCAUCAUCGGCCCCUGUUGCUGAUGAAGCCCGGCAAUCGCCCGCGAGUUCGUCUAGACCUAAUCAAUCGCCACUUCCAUCUCAGCAGUCAGAACACAAGCCAAAUGUGGAUAAUGCUGAAUUGACUGACACUACUGUGAAUGCUACCACUGACUUGUGUCCCACAGAUACAAGCAUGUAUUUCCCUCCCAUAUCACCUUCAAUUUUGAUGGCCGUGGAAUCUCCUCGCUCACCGCAAAUGAAAUCAUCUCCCUCGCCGCCCGGUUCGCCAUCUGAAGAAACAUCCGUUGGUCACGCAAAUCAUCUUGCCGCUUCUUGCCCCCCUUCACAACAUUCACCAAGCCGGACACUGCUAGAUUUUGCCCUUGCCGGUGAUUUGAAGCCUAGGAUCACAAACCAACCCAUUCUUCCACGUUUGGCACUAAGCACAUCCAAGACGUCUGAUCCUGAGACGUUGAAUGAUCGGCCACCUGGCCAAACAGCCUUGUCUGCCCCCGAAUCUAUAAGCACUCUGUCGCCUUCUCAUCGGCAAUCUUCCUUAAAAUCGCCGUCUACCAGCUCCACCAGUCAGGCCAAUAUAUCUCAGUGCAAUCGCCCUGAUCAUCCCAAAUCUUCCCCUUCGGUUCAUCUUUCAUCGCUUCCUGUUGCCAUGCCUUCAAAUGCCCUAGUCCAUCAACAUCAGAAACCCAAUCCAGCUGUAAAUGGUGGCUCACAACCCACUCCUAUUGGCUUCAAUGCACCCAAUCUUCGAGUUCAAACUCCUUCAGAGGGUACUUUCCCUGGCCCCCAUGGAGAUCAGCCAGUUACACAUCCUCCGUCCUCGAGACUCAUGCAAGGUCCAUCUAGUCAGCGGAGCCCUACGAUUCCUUUGUCCCCUCUGGUUUAUAAGCCUAGCAUUUCGCCUGCCUCCCCUGCCUCUGCUGAGCUCCAACCCAAUUCUCGAGGCUCGUCCAAUAUGCCCCACGGUCUGAAUCGCGAUCCUCCUAGUAGAACCCUUCGAGCCCCCCCAAAUCCAAAUUCAUCACGCGCCUCAUGGCCUCCUGAAUCCGCAGGGCCUUCUAGCCAUAACAAUCAUCAGUACUCUAGCCAAGGUCCAACAGGUGCCGCGCAUGUUGCAGUCACUACCAAAAAUUUCUCAGACAUGCCAUCAAACCCCACUUUGCCCCCCCAUCCGUCUCAUUCCGCUGGAGCGCCAAGAAACUCCCCCUAUCAUUACCCUCCUCAUCGUGGUGGUGGGGGUUUUGCGCCCAUGCGACAUUUCUCCGGGCAUCGGGCUACUACUACCCCAAUCAUGGGUACCUCUGGCCCUGGUCCCCCUGGCACAUUUCGUCAAUCGCAGCAAAGUAGCAACGAAGGUAUUGAACGGGCUAGAUAUGACGGUAUGCUUCGGGGCCCAAUUCACAGUCAUUCUUCCAGCUAUCCUGUUCGUGGUAGGGCCAAAGUGAGAGGGGUUGGCCAUUCGUCAUCAUCAUAUUGGCCAUUAGAGAACAAUCCAGGUGGUGGUGGUGUGGGUGGUAAUGUGAAUGGUGGUAAUAAUAGUGCUGGUCGUGGGUUCGGUGGUCCUCCUCGGAAUGACCGUUGAAUCUAACUGAACAUACUGCUUUCAAGUGUGGAAGAAAAAUGAGUAAGUAGUGGAUGCAUCUCUGCUACUGCUACUAGUCUCCGAUAGCUGUUUUUCAACUUUGUGUUUUGUCUAACUAUCUCUAUCUUCAAUGGAGUUUUGUUUUGAUCUCUCGUCUAUGAAAUCCGUUGAUCCUUGAGCUCAAAGUAAAUAUACAAUAAAUCUUAGAUAUAUAUAUAUGUAGGUAUAUCCAUAGCGUCUUACAAGCGCAUUUCUUCCUUAUAGUUGUGUUUAUCUCUCUGAACUUUCUCAUUUAUAUUUAUGUUUAUGCAGAAACUCUUAAGGUUUUUUUUUCUCUGACAUUUUUCUUUUUUUUUUCUUUCUAUACUUGCUUCUUUCAUCAGUGUCUUUUUGUUUGUUCUUUUCUUUUUUGAAUGAUUUGUAAUAAUCAAUCUAUUUUUUUCUAAUUAUCACCAUCUGAUAUAUAUUUAUAUGUUCAUCAUUAUCAAUCAUCUUCAUUAUCAUGCUCUUGUUUCUGACUCUGGUAUAUACAAUUUUAUCUCAUCUCAUUUUGCUCUCACCUGUCCAGAAAAAGAAGAUCAAAUCGAUUUAAA